AAAAUCUUUCAGUCGUUGAUUUUUUCGCGCGCAGAUCACGUCGGGAAUUGCCUUAAGAUUCGACAUCUUUAGCGCUAGCCCGGCCCUGUACUCGCGCCCUUUGGUACUACCGCGGGUACCUGAAAAAAGUCACGAGAUUCAGUUUUCUGAUAAUACAAUUUUGAAAAUAUUUUUUCUAAAGUGAGGUGUGUUUUUUUUGUUGGUUUUCACUAAAUACUUUGACAGUACUACCAAUAGUCUUGACAACCCAAUAUUGGGACUUUAUAUCCAGAAAAAUUCUAAAAUUGAUCUUUUUAAUUCAAAAAACUACUUUCAUCAUUACUUAUUACUUUUAAUUUUUACUUUCUACCUUCACUGUCUUGCUUUUAAUAACAGAGCUGUUUAAAUUCCUGUAUACCUUUAACGGAAAUUGGACACAAUUCAAUCAUAUUUUCUUAAGUUAUACACAUAAAUUUGAGUUAGAAAUCUGUUUUAUUGAUUCAGGAUUGUUGUGUAAGUGUUAGUGAAGAUGCCCCCUCAAGAAGUCGUGAACGAAUCUCAAAGAAGUGCUGAGGAUCGUCAGUGCAAGGAAAAACAUGAGUUGGAAGGGUUUACAAAUAAAGCCUUCAUAACCGACGACACCUCAAAGUCUUUCGAGAAAAAUGGAAGCAACAACAACAACAAUAACAACAACAAAGAAAAAUCAGAAAAGGAAGACUCGAGUUUCGACUUCGACGACUUAUUUCCUCACAUCGGUGCUUUCGGGUUCUACCAAAUAUUCCUGUUCCUUAUGAUGAUCCCGUUCGCUUUUUUCGUUGCCUGGGUAUAUUUUACCCAAAUUUUUAUUACCCUGGUGCCGGAAGCUCACUGGUGUUGGGUGCCCGAAUUGGCAAACCUCACCGUCGAUGAAAGGAUAGCACUAGCCAUACCUAUGGAUGGCGAAGUUAGAAACAGAUGUAAAAUGUACAACGUGAACUACACGGAAUUGUUACAACAGGGUAUUAAGGAAGCAGAUCCAAACUGGAAAUUGGUUUCCUGCAGGAGCGGAUGGGAAUAUAACACUACUGAAGUACCUUACACCACCAUCGCUACAGAAAAUAAUUGGGUGUGCGAUAACGCAGCUUUGCCCAGCACAGCUCAGUCCAUAUUUUUCUGUGGUGCCAUUUUGGGUGGAUUGGUUUUCGGUUGGAUCGCUGAUAGACUAGGCAGAAUACCAGCUCUGGUGGGUACCAAUAUGGUUGGAUUUAUUGGAGGUAUGGCCACCACCAUGUGCUCGUCGUUUUGGACUUUCUCCGUGUGCAGGUUCCUAGUUGGUAUGGCUUUCGACAAUUGUUUCACAAUGAUGUACAUAUUAGUAUUAGAAUACGUUGGACCAAAAUGGAGAACAUUUGUGGCAAAUAUGUCCAUUGCUAUAUUCUUUACCUUUGCUGCUUCCAUAUUACCUUGGAUAGCUUUGUACGUGGCCGAUUGGAAGAUGCUCUGCUACGUCACUAGUGCUCCGUUGGCCUUGGCUAUUCUAACACCAUGGAUAGUACCAGAAUCGGCAAGAUGGUUAGUGUCCCAAGGCAAGUUCGAUAAAAGUAUCGGAAUUUUGAAGAAAUUCGAAAGAAUCAACAGGAAAAACGUUGAACCUAAAAUCUACGAUCAAUUUAGGGAAAGUUGUAUAAAAACUCAACAAGAAGAGGAAUGCGGCAAGAACUACACCGUACUUGACCUCUUCAAAACACCAAGACUACGAAAAAUCACCAUCAUUCUUAUCUUACUUUGGAUGGCCAUUUCCUUGGUAUUCGAUGGUCACGUCAGAAACGUCGGUACUUUAGGACUGGAUAUUUUCCUCACAUUCACCAUUGCUAGUGCCACAGAGUUCCCAGCAGAUACCUUCCUCACUGCGGUACUUGACGUGUGGGGAAGAAGAUGGCUGGCUUGUGGAUCAAUGGUUAUAAGCGGAGUGUUUAGUUUGUUAGCUACUGUGGUACCCUUGGGUAUACCCUCAGCUACUUUGGCAAUAUGCGGCCGAUUUGCAGUUAACAUUUCAUACAAUAUCGGAUUACAAUACGCUGCGGAAUUGUUACCAACUGUUGUAAGAGCUCAAGGAGUUGCCCUGAUACACAUAAUGGGCUACGUAGCGAGCAUAGUAGCACCAUUUGUAGUAUACUUGGCAAAUAUCGACCUAGCGUUUCCAUUACUCAUUCUUGGAGUGUUGGGCAUAGUUGGAGGUAUCCUAGCUCUGUUCUUGCCUGAAACGUUAGAUCAAGAAUUACCACAGACUCUACAAGAUGGCGAGAAUUUCGGCGCUAAUCAGAAAAUAUGGGAUUUCCCUUGUAUCAAUAAAUCGAAACCAACGAAAACAGAAUCAUUCAAACGAUCGACAUCGAUCCGACACUCCAUCAGAGCCUCGAUCAGAGGUGAAAUCAGAUCAAGCAUGAUCAACAGAGGAUCGAUACGAUCGAGGAAAUCCAUUAGUGUACCUGAGAAUCAGGUAGUUUGAUACUUGUUCAACUUGGGAAGUUCCUGUAGCUAAGAGACUAUUUUCAGCUGUGAUCGAUGUGUUUAAAAGUGCAUUUUUAUUUGUUUACUAUUUAUUUUGAUAUAGAAUUAUUUAUAAAUUGUUAUAAGUUUUAUAUUUAGAAAAAGCAAUCUCAACUAGAAAUAACCAGUGUGCCUGAAACUCCGAAAAAAAUAUAAACUAUUUUUUCUGUGUUUGUUUAGUUUUAAGAAAAUAUAAAAAUUAUUGUACUAAGCACAUCAGGGAUGGCGUAGCCAUCUUGCUUUGACUGUGGUAAAAUUUGUUUGCAUUUUCUUUAUAAUUAAGUAUGUAGUAUGUUACACACUAUAAUAUAAAAAGACAUAGUUGUAUGUUAACUUCUAUUUAUUUUAUUUUUGUUUUACUGUUUCUUUGUAUUAUUAUUAAUGUGUGUUCUUAUUCUUAUGAUAUUUUUUAGUGUUCCUGACAUUUUUGUAAAUGUAUGUAAAAUAGAAAAAGAAUGUUAAAUUAUAUCUCAUUGCUCAAUACGUUUUAAAUAUACAUAGUUAUAA